AUGUCCUAUUAUCAAUCCUAUGGCCAAGCGCCUCCACCCCAAGGCGGUGGAUACCAGCAAGGAUACCAGCAACCGCCUCCGCAAGGCCAGCACUAUCUCCCACAGGGACAGCAGUAUCCCCCACCGGGCCAGCAGUAUCCCCCGCAAGGCCAGCAGUAUCCUCCGCAACAAGGCCAGUACCCACCGCAACAGGGCGGAUAUCCUCAGCAGUACGGCGGAGGUUCUCCGCAGCAGCCCCCGUACGGCACCCCUCCUCCGGGCCAAUACCAGUAUAACCAGCCGCCGGCACAGGGCUACGGACAGCCAGCUCCAGGCUAUGGGCAGCCGGCGCCGGGAUACGGCCAGCCGCCAGCGCCGCCACAACAGGGCUUCGGCGGGCCCGGCUACGGGGCACCAUACGGAGGUGGUGGGGGCGGAUACGGGAUGAAUGUGCCGCCGACGCCGCCGUCGAUGGGGUACGGGGCGCCGCAGAUGAUCGCGUGGAACGCAGAUCCGGACGCGCAAGCGCUGCGGCAGGCGAUGAAGGGCUUCGGGACGGACGAGAAGGCGCUGACCCGGGUGCUGGCGACCAAGGAUCCGCUGCAGAUCGAGGCGAUCCGGGCGUCGUACCAGCGGCUGCACCGGCGCGAUCUGGUGGCGGACAUCAAGUCGGAGACGAGCAGCUGGUUCGAGGCCGGGCUGGUGGCACUGGCACGCGGACCGCUGCUGCACGACGUGCACAUGCUGCACGAGGCCAUGUCGGGCCCGGGCACGAAGGAGUCGGUGCUCAACGACGUGCUGCUGGGCCGGUCUAACGCGGACAUGCAGGCGAUCAAGGCGGCGUACCGACACACCUUCCGGCACUCGCUCGAGGACAUGCUCCGGGGCGACCUCAGCAUGAAGACGGAGCGGCACUUUAUGAUCGUGCUACAGGCGACGCGGCAGGAGGAUGCGGUGCCGGUCAGCCGGCCCGACGUUGACCGCGACGUGCAGGAGCUCUACAACGCCACCGAGGGCAAGAUCGGCACCGACGAGAUCCGUGUCUGCAGCAUCCUGAGCACGCGCAACGACGAUCACCUCCGCGCCGUGGCCUACGCGUACCAGCAGCGGUAUGCUCGCUCGCUGGAGGACGUCAUCCGACGGGAAUUCUCCGGCCACAUGGAGAGUGCCUUGCUCUUCCAGCUGCGCCACGCCACCGACAAGUACAUGCACCAGGCAUCGCUGCUCGAAGACGCCAUGGCCGGCAUGGGCACGCACGACCUGCUGCUUGUCUCGCGCGUUGUGCGCUUUCACUGGGACCGCGCCAAUUUGGCCAACGUGCGGGCGGCGUACGAGAAGCGCUACCGCCACAACCUGGCGUCGCGGAUCAAGGGUGAGACGAGCGGGGACUACGAGAGGCUGAUGCUGGCCUGCAUUGGCGACCGGGUAUGA